GAGGCAUUCCACUACCAAGGUAUGCUGCAUAUGGUGCGUCAAAAGCAGCUUUGGCCAUGUUUUCUGGAGUAAUGAGGCAAGAGCUUUCCAAAUGGGGAAUUAAAGUUGCUGCAAUUCAUCCGUCAGGCUUCCGAACAGGUAUACAAGGUACUUCUGACAUCUGGGAUAAGCAAGAAGAGGAGCUGAUGGAGAACCUCCCAGAAGACACGAGAAAAGCCUAUGGUGACGAGUACCUCCUGGGGCUGAAAAGCUACCUCCUGCACAUGCCUAUGUACUGUGAUGCCAACCUCUCCCCUGUGCUGAAUGCUGUCCUGCAUGCUUUGCUGGCCAAAAGACCACAUGGCUUGUACACCCCUGGCAAAGGGGCUUACAUGCCCCUCUGCAUCUUCUGCUACUUUCCUCUCUGGUUCUAUGACUUUUUCAUGAGUAAGAUGCUGACUUCUCAGCCUGUCCCAAGGGCACUGAGAACAUCAGAAGCAGAAAGCAAGAAUCUCUAA